CAUUGGCUGGUGUGAUAUUGACGAUGUUAGCUCACGUAUUACACUGGAAAAAAAUCCACAGAAAUGUCACAAGCAAAGUCCCUUCUAAAGUUCUCAUGAAUCUCUGUGUUGCCAUCGGAAUGACAAAUGUAUUUGCUAUUCUUGCAGGACCCGCACGUGAUCACGAGACCUUCUGCAUAGUCACCUCUAUUUUAUUGUACUUUUCUGCACUUGCGUUAUUUGGAUGGAUGUUAUGCGAGGCAAUUGUGAUCCAUCUCCAACUUGUGAAAUUGUAUGCAGGUUUGAGGUUGGGGGGAAAGUAUAUGAAGGCCUUUUACGCCAUUGGCUGGGGACUUCCAGUGAUCACUGUCGCUGUGUUAGUCGGAAUAAAUCGCCCAGAUGAUUUUAUAUCAGAACACUCAUGUUGGUGCCGUGCUGGAGGUGCGCUGUUUUGGACUUUUGUUGGUAUCAUUGGACUAAUAUUACUGAUCAACAUUUCAAUAUUCUUUCUGGCUUUACGAAAUACUUUAUCGUCCAGGGCAGUAAGCAUAACCCAAAGCGACGCUGAUGGCAAAUUAAGGAAAGCAGAAAUCGUUCUCAAAGGUUCUGCUGUUCUGCUUCCAAUACUUGGUCUAACCUGGGUAUUUGGUUUGCUGGUAUUCAAUCAAGAAACAAUUGUGUUUAAAUAUUUAUUUGCAAUAUUUAACUCUCUACAAGGACUGAUGAUAUUUGUUUUCCACGUGCUUUUAAGUGUAAAGUUCCCUAAAGCUUUCUCUAAAGAAGAAAGUAGUUGCACUAAAAGAAGCAACAACUGCGCUAUGACCCGGCAAAACAAUACCAACAGAAGUCCUUUGCAAAAUACUAAGAAUGGAAACUACGGUGACGCUGUUCCACCGGUAACUUUGAGGCAAUGACAGUUUAAAGUCCAGAGAACAAUACCGUAUGUACAAUACAGACUAUCGGAAGAAUUGCCUUCCUGAAGAUAAUUAUCCGUGCUGGGUUUUACGAUACUUACUGUGUUCACAUCAAAAAGAUAGUUUAGAGAGGAAACUGAAGGUCUGACCAUGUAGUGUAUGUUGUGAGAUAGUUCAGGCUCAGUUUCAGAUCAAACUUAGCCCUUUGUUCCGUAAUAUAGCUAAAUUAAUGUUAGUUCAAUGAAUAAUUACUUAAUUGUUUCGGUGUACAGGCGGGAAUGUUGCGACACUCCGAAACAACAUUCCUAAUAGAAUAUUAGAAUAAUUUAUUUACCCACGUAUCACUGAAGAGCUAAAAAAA